AUACAGGAAGCUGCACUGCUAACUCCGCUAGCGCUAGCUGUCACCAAAGGGCGAAACUGUACGAAAUCGGUAAAUCCAUGUGGAAUUCGGCAGUAUCGCGGACUCCGAGAGCCUCCCUCUGAAUUGAAUUCCCCCCGCGGUGCAAGUUGGAUCCGGAACAUGGCGACAACACCUCAGCUGUUCGAGGAGCCCUUUGAUGCAGAUGAGUACAUCGAAAGGUUGGCAUGGAGGACACCUGGGGGAGGCUCCAAAGGAGGGGCCGAGGCAUUCGACCCCAAAAGGCUGUUGGAAGAAUUCGAGAGCCACAUUGAAGAGCUGAAGCAGUUGGACGAGAAGAUCCAGCGGCGAGUGGAGAAGCUUGAGCAUCAGUGUCAUCGCGAGGCCAAGGAAUUUGCCCACAAAGUGCAAGACUUGCAAAGAAGCAACCAGGUGGCCUUUCAACAUUUCCAGGAGCUCGAUGAGCACAUAAGCUAUGUGGCGACAAAGGUUUGCCACCUUGGCGACCAGCUGGAGGGGGUGAACACGCCUCGACAGCGGGCCGUGGAGGCUCAGCGUCUAAUGACCUACUUCAACGAGUUCUUGGAUGGAGACCUACGCAGUGAUGUCUUCAAUAACCCCGACAAGAUUAAGGAGGCCGCUGAUAUAAUUCAGAAGCUGCAUCUCAUCGCCCAGGAACUGCCGUUCGACAGAUUUGCAGAUGUCAAGGCAAAAAUUGCAAGUAAGUACCAUGACCUGGAGAGGCAGUUGAUCCAGGAGUUCACAGCUGCCCAGCGCAUGGGGGAGAUCGGACGGAUGCGGGAGGUGGCAGCGGUUCUGUUACAUUUCAAGGGCUACGCGCACUGUGUGGAUGUCUACAUCAAGCAGUGUCAGGAAGGGGCCUACAUGAGGAACGAUGUGUUCGAGGACACUGCGGCCCUCUGCCAGAGGGUCAACAAGCAGGUGGGGGAGGUCUUCAGCAGCCCAGAGACUGUGAUGGCCAAACUCAUUCAGAACAUCUUUGAAAACAAAUUGCAGAGCCACGUCAGAGAAAAACUGGACAAAACACGACACUCUGAUGUGGAGCAAUACCUUAAGAACCUCUAUGAUCUCUACACCAGGACCACCGCAUUGGCCACUAAACUGACUGAGUUCAACCUCGGCUCGGACAAGCACACUUUCCUGUCUAAGCUGAUAAAGAGCAUAUUCUCCUCAUACCUCGAAAGCUACAUUGAGAUCGAGAGGGAAUACCUUCGCACCCGAGGGGCCUUGAUUCUGCAGCGCUACUACGACUCCAAGAAUCACCAGAAGCGCCCAAUCGGCACCGGCAGUAUCCAAGAACUGAAGGAGCGGAUCAGACAGCGCACCAACCUCCCUCUCGGCCCUAUGAUUGACACCCAUGGGGAGACCUUUCUGUCUCCUGAGCUAGUUGUCAACCUGCUGCAGGAGACGCGUCAUGCCUUUGAGAGAUGCAACAGGCUUUCAGAUCCUUCAGACCUGCCCAAGAAUGCCUUCUCCAUCUUCCUGCUGCUGGUCGACCAUCUGUGUGUGGAUCACAUUGACUACGCCCUAGAGAUUGGCCUCUCAGCAAUUCCCUCAUCGGAUGCCAAGAAUGCCAACCUCUACUUCCUGGACGUCGUUCAACAGGCAAACUCUAUCUUCCACUUGUUUGACAAGCAGUUUAAUGACCAGCUCAUGCCUCUUAUAAGCUCCUCUCCUAAGUUGGCCGAGUGCCUGCACAAGAAGAAAGAGGUGAUUGAGCAGAUGGAAGUGAAACUGGACACAGGAAUUGACAGAACAAUAAACUGCAUGGUGGGCCAAAUGAAGCACAUCUUGGCGACGGAGCAGAAAAAGACCGAUUUCAAGCCCGAGGAUGAGAACAACGUCAUGAUCCAGUACACCACAGCUUGCUCCAAGGUAUGCGCCUACGUCAGUCGGCAGGUGGAGCAUGUGCGGAAGUCCAUGGACGGGAAAAACGUGGACACGGUGCUGACAGAGUUGGGCGUUCGUUUUCACCGGCUCAUCCACGAGCACCUACAGCAGUACAGCUACAGCUCAAUGGGAGGCAUGCUGCCCUUUUGCGGGGCUGAAUCCCGGCGAUGUAUUGUUCUACAGGUACCUUUGGUGCUGCAGCUCUUCGACACACUUCACGCCCUCUGCAACCUCCUGGUGGUUGCCCCCGACAACCUGAAGCAGGUUUGUUCAGGUGAGCAGCUGACCAAUCUGGACCGAAACCUCCUGCACGCCUUCGUCCAGCUCCGAGUGGACUACCGCUCGGCCAGGCUGGGCCGACACUUCAGUUAAUGACUAUUUGAACACCUCGCUGCCCUCCGUCCAGAAACCCACGCUCUGCAGGGACGAUGCACCUUGAAGAAACCACUCGUUCUGCAGAGAGCGCGUUGGCCUGGCUCCGGCAUACGGACUCCGCUGGGGUUGCUUUGUACACCGGGGAGACAAAAGGCUACUGCUCCUUGAAUGUGGGAAAUGUGCAUUUCACCGUUUUUCAUUGUCGAUUUUCUUCGAGCUGAAGAAAUCUAAAUGUCAAUUGACUUAAUAUUUCAUUUGUUUUUAAAUACUAAUCCAUCACCAAAUCACAAGGCUAAACUUUCUGACGUGUUAUGGUAAAUGGACAACAUGGAUUUCUGCUCAUGUAAAACAUUUUUUUUUAUAAUUUUUUAAUAAUAAUAAUUAUUAUUAUUGUUAUUAUUAUUGUGCCAAAUAUAUAAAUUCUGUGGCUGCCAGUGUGCACAGAAAUGGACCCCUAAAGCUGCUGUAAAGAGAGUUUGUUAACAAUCAUGCUGUAAGGACACACAAUUAGUCAGCAGUAGCACCGUGUACUGGAAACAGCCACCCUUUGUAAUGAGGUGUAGGGGGCCUGACGGAGACAGCCCCACCAACCGUGAGCUACAGAGGCCUGUCUGGCUAAGAGAGACACAUGACCACCUCUCUGACCUCGAACCACAAAGUAGAGGUCAAGAGGCCAUCACAGAGAAGUGUGAUCUGAACUAUUAACAGGACUGAGACCCUCUCUGGAGGUCUGGGUGGUCCCCCUCUGCGGCUAAGAUGACUGCUGUGAAGGGUCAGUGAGUAUGUGUCCCUGUAAUUGCACAGAUCAACACUUGCUCAUCCAAAGACACGGUUGGCUUGAUCUGCAGUGCUUCUGGGUCAGGGGACGUUAAAAUGUUGCCCUGUGAUGAUUAAGGGAACAAACUACAGCGGACCACUUCACACAGGGCUUAUUUGGGCUCAGUCACUUGUCUUCUGCACUAAAAAAAAAAGGCAGAUGUCCUUGUUGCCUCAAACUGUCUGCGACGCAAUGCUGCUCCCACUGUACUGCUGUUACCUUAAUUAGUGACUCAUUAAAAAAAAAAAAAUGUUGCAUUUUA